AUGUCUGGAACCUUAUUAAUUAAGCCGUUGAGUGCCAAACUAACUCAUGACACGGAAUCAUUUGGAAGGAUGGAUCCAUUUUGUUUAGUGAGAAUUGGAGGAUAAACUCAAAGAACAAGAUCACAUACAGAUGCUGGUAAAUAUCCAUCUUGGAGUGAUUCUCUUUCAUUUCGUAGAACUUCAGAACUGAUUGCUGAUAUUGAAAUUUGGGAUAAAGAUGAAGUGAGCAAAAAUGAUUUGAUUGGUCAAGGAUCUUUGGCCCUUUAGAAUUUCUUAACUAAGCCAAACGGAACAGAAUGGGUAAAUUUAAAUUAUAAAGGUAAAUAAGCCGGAUAGGUAUUAAUUGAGGUUUCCUUUUUCCCUGAUGGAGGUGUUUAACCUCCAAUUAUGCCCGGUUACCAACAACCAUACUAUCCACCAAAUCAACCGUAUCCAUAAUAACCUAUCUAUCCUCCAUAACCAAAUUACCCACCAUAAUAACCGUAUCCUCCUCAGCAACCUGGUUAUCCUGUUCAACCUGGAUACCCCCAAUAAGGUUAUCCUGCUCAGCCCUAUCCCCCAUAACAACCAGGAUAUCCACCAUAACAACCAGGAUAUCCCCCUUAACCAUACCCACAAUAGCCAGGCUAUCCACCUUAAUAGCCAGGAUAUCCAGCAUAGCCAUAUCCUCCUUAAUAAGGUUAUCCACCUCAGCCAGGAUAUCCACCAUAACCAGGAUACCCACCACAACCAGGAUACCCACCACAACCAGGAUACCCGCCCUAACAGCCCGGUUACCCUGGUUAUCCUCAAUAAGGAUAUUAAAAGCCUUUUUGA